AUGUCGGCUCAAGUGGAUAGAAGUCAAAGUGAAAGAAGAAGCGCAUCGACAUUGGCUUUAGAUCCAUAUUGUGAAUUAGCUCGCCGAAAAUAUUUUGAUGAAGAAUUAGAAGCGAUUCGUUCUCGUUCACGUUCAAUUUGGUCAAGACCUGAUACAUCAUUAACAACUCAUGGUCAUUAUUAUGGUGAUCCUGAACAAACUGAACGUACUUUAUCAAGACCAACAUCAGCUGGACGACAUCAUAAUCCACAUCCGAAAUUAGUUUUUAUGAGAACAGGAAUGAGAGAAAUUCCAAAUGCAUAUGGCGCACCAUCGGCUCGUAUUACAUCACGUGAACAAACAACUCAUAGAAAGCCAUUAGUUCCUGAUUAUUUAGAAGAAAUUCAAAAUUUAACACCUUUUGAACGACAAGGUGCUAAUGCUUUUUUAAAAUUGGCUAAUGACAAUUCAAAAAUGAAUGUUGUACAAGCAAUUAAAAAUUAUCGUACUUCAAUGACAAAUGAAUAUGAAUGUCCACCUAUUGGUGCUUCAACAAUUUGUCGACAAGAUGGAAGUCGAAGUGAAUAUUAUCCAUCUAUGGAUAGAUUUCGUCAAGCAAUACGAAAUGAUAAAGAAUUCAAUGCUAUUAAUAAAGUUCUUGAAAAUCCUGAAACUGAAGUUAAAAUAACAAAUACUGAUCAAUCAUUACAAGAACAACAACCAAUUCUUACACGUAAUGCUCGUUAUUCAAAUCGACCUAAAGUACAUUUUCAACGUCAUAGUCAUAGUCAUCCACGAUGUCCAUGGCCAUUAGCACGUCGACCAUAUCGUGGUGAUUAUUCUAUUCAUGGUGAUUGGCAUCCACGUUUACCUCAUCAUCGUUUAACAUGUCUAUGUUAA